AUGGCAGUGGGAUCUGGGAGUGAAGAGAGGGAAAUGUUGAGAGUGGGCCACACUGAGGCCUCAGGGGCUUCCCACACUGGAGCAGAAGUGUGUCGGGAGGUGGGGGAUACGGGUUUCAAGGCCCCCAGCUCCCCAGGAUAUGAGAAAAUCUAUCAGCAGCUGCUGCAACUGAAGGGUGGAGUGGACAGCAUUUGCCGUCCUUGCCCCUGGGAGUGGACAUUCUUCCAUGGAAAGUGUUACUUCUUCUCCAAGUCGCAGCGUAACUGGAAUGAUUCCAUCACUGCCUGCCUGGAAGUGGAGGCCCAACUCGUCAUCAUUGAGAGUGAUGAAGAGCAGACAUUCCUGAGUGUGAUUUCUAAGGAUAAAGGAUCUGCCUGGCUGGGUCUCUCUGACCUGAAAGAGGAAGGCUCAUGGCAGUGGGUAGACGACUCACCUAUGAAAGACAGUUUCAGAAAAUAUUGGUUAAAAGGGGAGCCCAGCAACAUUUACGAUGAAGACUGUGCAGAAAUUUCAAGUACUGGAUGGAAGGAUAACUCAUGUUCCUUAGAGAAAUUCUGGAUCUGCAAGAAGCCUGCAUCUUCCUGCUCUAGGUGAAAUCUACCCACCUCCAUGGCCAUCAUUUGUCCAACCUAUUUAUCAUUUAGCCAAAUGUUAAGUAGAUUCGUAUCAGUUCCUUCUGUCUUUCUGUGAAUACUGGGAUCUCACCAAAAGAUCUGGACUCUACUUUUCCACACACCUUGUUCCCAAGGGCUUGGGCCACUGCUCUGCCCUCUCCUGUGCCUACGGUUUCUUUGGUUGAGACUAUGGUUCUGACCCAUAUUUUCAGCUUUCUUCCUGGAGAAAAUUCUGGGUUGAUCACCAUUGCAUUGGUUUGACUGAGAUUGUCCCCCAAAGGCUUGCCCAUUUGAACACUUGUUCUCCAGUAGGUGGUGCUGUUUGAGGAGUUGAUGGAACUUCGGCAGCUGGACCCUUGCUAGAGAAAGCACAUCAUUAGGGGUGGGUUUUGGAGUUUAUAUUCUCACCUCACCUUCUGUUCUCACUCUGUGUCUUGUGUGUGGAUGAAAUUGAGAUCAGCCAACUUCCUGUUCCCGAUGCCAUGCUUUACUUUUCCCUGCCUGUUGCUAUGUCUCUUCAACCAUGAUGAACUGUAUUUCUUUGAAACAAGCCAAAAUAAAACCUUCCAUCCCUAUAUUGCUU